AUGGGUGUCAAUGGGGAGCUUUACCGAUCAUGGAUUUAUGAGAAGGAUUUGCUUAGAGUUGUGGAUCGUGAACAUGUUUUUGCUUAUAUUGAUGAUCCUUGCAGUGCUACCUGCCCGUUAAUGCAAAAAUUAAGGCAAGUUCUAGUUGAACACACACUGACAAAUGGCGAUAAUGAGAAGAAUGUGAGCCCUUCGAUCUUCCAAAAGAUUGAAGCUUUCGAGGAUGAACUUAAGAUCCUAUUGCCAAAAGAGGUUGAGAGCACAAGAACUUUGAUCGAGAGCAGAAAUCCAGCAAUUCCUAAUCAAAUUAAGGAGUUCAGGUCUUAUCCAUUGUACAAGUUUGUGAGAGAAGAGCUGGGGACAGGAAAACUGACUGGAGAGAAGGUCCGAUCGCCGGGAGAGGAGUUUGACAAGGUGUUUACUGCAAUGUGCAAGGGGCUGAUCAUUGAUCCAUUGUUGGAUUGUCUCAAGAGCUGGAAUGGAGCCCCUCUUCCAAUAU